GCUAUCAUACAAUUUCCAGGUGUUGAUGUCAAAAUGGCUGUUGUCAGUCAGACAAAGGCAAGUCAGUUCGUUUCUGAUUGAAAAUUGAAAUCAGUCAAAAGGGCCGGGCAAAACUGUAAAAUUGAUGGUGGUCAUACGGUUCUGCAGAAAAGGAUCCGUCCGACUUUGUUGUCUGGUGCAGCUGUUACAUGAUCUGAUGCACUGAGGCUGUGACAAGAUUCAAGGAAAAGGAUGUCUCACUACACAGAUGAGCCUCGCUUCACCAUCGAGCAGAUCGACCUGCUUCAACGGCUGCGUCGCACGGGCAUGACGCGCGCCGAGAUCCUGCACGCGCUGGACACGCUGGAGCGGCUGGACCGCGAGCACAGCGACAAGUUCGGGCGGCGUCCAUCCGGAGCGGUCAUGGCCCCCCCGGCCUCCGUCACUGGCAGUGCCGCCGCCGUCGCCGCCUCUGCGACCGCCGCUGCCAACAACGCCACGGCCAAUGACGCCAUGCCUGCCCCGACGGCCCUCCCCUCCACCACCUCUAUCGCCACACAGACGCAGUACCACGGCGCCCUCUCGCCGUCGCUGAGCAACAGCUACGCCCCGUCGCCGCCGCCGGCCCCGGGCCCGCCGCCCUCGUCGGCGCCCGCGCUCCUGCCCUCGCCCGUCUCCCUGGUCGCCUUGGCACAGAAUGGCCGAGACAACCUGGCGGCCACACCCAACGGGAAGCUGUCGCCGCCGCGCUACCCCGUAAACAGCGCCCGUGCGUUUGCUUUUGAAGCCGCCGAGGAGGACAUGGACGUCGACGACAAGGUGGAGGAGCUCAUGAGGAGGGACAGCAGCAUGGUGAAGGAGGAGAUCAAGGCUUUCCUGGCCAACCGUCGCAUCUCUCAGGCUGUCGUAGCCCAGGUCACAGGCAUCAGUCAGAGCCGCAUCUCCCACUGGCUGCUACAGCAGGGAUCAGACCUGAGUGAGCAGAAGAAGAGAGCCUUUUACCGCUGGUACCAGCUGGAGAAGACCAGCCCAGGUGCCACUCUGAACAUGCGGCCUGCCCCUAUGUCCCUGGAGGAGAUAGAGUGGCGUCAGACCCCGCCCCCCCUGAGCACGGCGGUGGGGAGCUUCCGUCUGCGCAGAGGAAGCCGCUUCACCUGGAGGAAGGAGUGUCUCGCCGUCAUGGAGAGUUAUUUCAAUGAGAACCAGUACCCAGAUGAGGCCAAGCGGGAGGAGAUUGCUAAUGCCUGCAACGCUGUCAUCCAGAAACCAGGAAAGAAGCUGUCUGACCUGGAGAGAGUGACCUCCCUCAAAGUAUACAACUGGUUUGCCAACCGCCGCAAGGAGAUCAAGCGACGUGCCAACAUUGAAGCCACAAUCCUGGAGAGCCAUGGCAUCGACGUCCAGAGCCCUGGUGGCCACUCCAACAGUGACGACAUCGACGGCAACGACUAUGCUGAGCAGCUGUCGUUGCAGGGCUGUGACGUCCCCUACUUUGAGAAGAGAUCCAUGACCCGGCCAUUUGGCUUCUACCGUCUGGAACCCACCUCUCCCACACAGGACGAUGCUGCUGGUCACAACGACCACCAGGACCCCAUCUCGCUGGCGGUGGAGAUGGCGGCUGUCAAUCACACCAUCCUUGCUCUAUCACGGCCUGGAGCAGGCGGAGUCCCCAGUGACAUCAAGACUGAGGCGCUGGAGGAUGAGUGAGCUGAACGCAAUAUCACAGGGGAGGGGAGGGGUCAAUGAAAGUUUGUGUUUGAAAAUGUGUGUGUGUGUGUGUGCGUGUGUGUGUGUGUGUGUGUGUGUGUGUGUGUGGAGGAGACUUAUUGUAAUGACCAAACCAACGCUUAAACCCCAGACCCUCCCCACUUAUACUCUGGAAACAGCAUUAUAUUUCCUGGACUCGCCCAAUCACUGUUUGCUCCACUUCUCAGACGACAACAACAACUGUAUCUUGUAACCUGUUGGUUUUCUCCAGUCACUUACAAAGACACUUUGAGGAGUAGAGAUGGGAAAUCUUUAGCCAUAUUUUGCCCAGAUACCUUCGGUUUCCUUCACAUUUCCGAACCAACCUUCCCACUUGCAGGACCUCCAAACACACUCCGUACCUCUUCCCAGUCUCAGCGGCAGACCAGUAGAGUAGAAGGCUCUCGUGUACCUCUUUAACCGUGACCGUGUGCUUCCAAUGGUCUGUGUGUUCGUGUUCAUUAAGGAUGUGGCUAGAGGGAGGACUGCAGCCAUGGACUGAGGACUGCUGGUAAUUGAGGUGGAUGAGGGAAGGGGUCCCCCUCCCACCCCCCCCACCCCCCCUCUUUACCUAGGUUUCUGGACUCCCUGAAUACUGAGAGCCCGGAGAAUACCAUUGUGAUGGUGCAAGUGCUCCCUCCUUCUCCCUCUGGAAUCUCUUUGAUAGUCUGGUUCAGGUGGGAAACCAUGAAAGAAGCGGGUCCCUCAGGAUCUGGUGGGGACCUACCUUCAGGUGCGGUCUGGAUGGGCCAAACGCAAACGGGGUCAGACACAGGUACCAUACUGAGAACAACAAACUGACACCGGAAUUUUAGUUGGUUUUGUUUGUUUGUUUGUUUGUUUUUUUUUUUUUGUUUUUUUUUUUCACUUUUGAUGUUCUAUCUUCCAUAGCAGUGAUUUAAUGUGUUAUAUAAGCCAGCUAAACCCAAAGUCAUUGUGGAUUGGGAAAACUUUGAGCUUUAUAUGUCUUUCUGAAUCUAAGAUAGUCUAAGUCAGAUGUCAGUUAUGUAUGGAGUAAGGAAUUGAUCGUUCCUUAUAUGUGUGAAAUUGAGAAUUCAAUGAUCUAUUUCUAAAAUAAUGAAAAGAAGUCAGGAGAACUGCUAUUGGCAAGAUGUUUGGGCAAAGAGAAUGUCUCCAAAACAUAACUCCGGCACUGUCAGAUCAAUAGUAUUUCUUCAUAACUCCGGCACUGUCAGAUCAAUAGUAUUUCUUUAUAACUCCGGCACUGUCAGAUCAAUAGUAUUUCUUCAAACUAUUUUCAACUGUCUCCAGGUGCACCUGCUUCUCAGAGUACCUAGAAUCGUCUUUGUGUUGUCACCAAAACAAGUCUUUUGUGUUGAGGUUCGUAAGCUGACAGUCGCCUCACUUUAAAGCGUAAUGCUCUUGAUUGAGCAUUUUAUCUUUUUUAAAAUGUAUAAUCAUAAGAAGUAAUUGUUUAAACAACCCUCCUUAUUAAGUGGACUUAGCAGCACCUUAAUAAAAGAAUCAUGUCAGAUAGCUUAAGUGGGGGAUGCAUUACGUUAGAACCCCAGUUCAAAGCUCUCUUUCCACAAGCUUAGGGAAUGAAAGUCUGAUGAGGUGCGAGUGGUUUCAUCAGGGGAAGUCCCUAUUUUGCACACUGUUUGUUUCCAUGACUUGAGGUCAAAGUUUCAGAGUCGCAAGGAAGACCUGUUGGUAAGGUUAACACAAAAAUAUGUUUAAGAGGGAGAGAAGUCUUCUAUGAGUCCAAAACGGGUUCCUAAGAGGGUUUCAGGUAGUUCAAGCAGUCCAGUACAGGGAGGAUUUUUAGCAGAAUUUAAAAACUGUGCUGUUAUCUGACGCUGUGGGGCAUCGCUAAUGGGACCAGCGUUGUGUGUCUCAGUAACGUCAUCUGUUCGUUGUUACUAUGUUUUUCCUUGAUCCCUGGGAUCUAAAACAACAGAUGUAUUGGUUAAGGACAGGCAGGCUGUUACCUCUCUCUGUCUCUUUUUCUCUUUCUCUCUCUCGUAAUGACCUCUGUCCCUUCAGAGCUCAGCCUCAUAAGCAAUCAACUAACCUUAUGCUUGGCAUACUGUGCUUAUUUAACAAAAAAAAAAAAAAGACAAAAGAGACCUUCUAAAAGAAUUUGGAGUGUGUCUGUUCUUUUAUAUUUUGUAUUAUUUCCACACUGUAAACCUUUUUUAGUUAAGUGAUUUUAUGUAUAAAAAGAACCAUGCCUUUAUUGUUUUAAUUGAUCUGUGGUUGAUGAUGUGUAAUUUUAUUCUGUUUCUGACCGAACUCGGUUGUUUCAAGCUUUUUUCUUUUUUUGUGUGUGUGAUAUGUACGUGUUCUUUUACUGAUGUUGCUGUUGUCUCUACAGCAUUAUGUAUACCUAAUAUGUAAGAACACAGUAAUCUGUGGUGGAAUGGCAAAGCACCUCCUUAGGGGAAAACAAAAUAGUCUAAAAAAAAGAAGUUAGUCAGGGAUCUCUGACACAGAGACUUAAAAGGAUAACAUUACUGUUGAUAGUCAAAGACCUCCAGUCAAUAUGAUGGCAGUUAUGCAAAGUAAUAUUUUCUAUUAAUAAACAUUGUAUGGGAUUGUCAGGACUGUACGCAAAUCUCUCCGUCUCUCUCUCUCUCUCUCUCUCUCUCUUUCAUCUGGCAUGAAUAAUAUUUAUGUGAUGCAGAAAGUCAUUCUUACCUCAAGACAUUAACUGUUUGUUUCUAUCAAGUUUUUUUACAUGUUUUGUAUUGCCUCAGUGUAGAAUCAUGACUUAAUAUUGUAAAAUAUACUUUUGGUCAAAGUAAAACAAAUCUGCUGUUCUGACUAUGUUACCAUACAAAUCGGUUCUCUCAUUCAGACUUUCAGUUCUUCACUCUAAUUGCGUGCGUGUGUGUCUGUGUCUGUGUGUGUAUGUGCACUUUUAACUGGUGAUUUAGAGAUUUUUUUUUUCUUCUUUCAAAUAUAUAUAUCCACACUCAGUCGCUGUCUCUGUUUCUCUGUGCUCUCCAUCGAGAGUAGAGCCUCUUCCUCCUCCUCUUCCUCUCUGUCUUCCUCUUCCUUCUCCUGACUCUGCACUGGCGCAUUCUGCUGAGUCAUCUAACACAGUAAAGGCUGUACUGACUCGAUACUAAAGACUGGCUGAUAGAUCCAGUCUGGACAAGCUAGUUCUGGGUCAGAUUGAACUGCCCACUAGCCAGUAGUUGGGGUCAGGCAAAAGAGUCAGUAUCUCUGCAUGUGUUUCCAGGGGGUGC